AGAAAUGAAUGUAAUCCGGAGAGGUGUUCGAAGCAUACACACCGCAGUAGACUCUCCACGCCUCACCAGAUUUGCUCUUCAACCUCCUAAAUUUGUGGAGGUUGAGUUUGAAAAAGGUAGUCUGUAUAAGUUGUCAGCUGAGUAUUUGAGAAUAUACAGCCCUGCUGUUGAUAGUAAGAUCAGAUCGAUUUGUGGUGAGAAGGUCAUAACUGGUAGGCGUCAUGUCGGAAUUAUGUCUGCAGAACCUAUUGGAAAUUAUGGAGUGAGGUUAUUAUUUGAUGACUUGCAUAAGACUGGUAUCUUUACAUGGGACUACUUCUACCAUCUUGGAAGUAACAAAUUCACCCUCAUGAGAAAUUACGUCAGAACUCUGAAGAAACAUGGACUAAGCCGGGAUCCACCUAGACGAAGAUGAC